UAGUACGUUACUGGCUGUAUGGACUAGUCCUUUGCUUUUCCCAUUAGGCAUAAAUUAAUGUUAUCAUCUGUUAAAAAAAAAUGUUUUCUUUUGUUAAAAUACUUAAUAAAUUUAGUUUCGUUAUGUAGGCGAUGGAUCUAAAUUAUUAAAAAAUUAAGUACACAGAUAUAGUAUACCUACUAAUGUUAAUAAUUUAAUAAUGUUAUAGUACCAUAUAUAUCUUGGUUAAAUAAUAAGCGGACUUCUCAGAUCUCACAUCUAGUGUUAUUACUUUUUUUAUUAUCAGUAAACUGCAUUAGCAGAGGCAGCAAAGAGAUGAACGUCUAUCUAGUUUAAAAUGUUGUGAAUGCGUUAGCGUUCUUCAUAGUGAAACGUUAUAUUAUUACUUCGUUUUCAAUUGACACGGUUUUUACGAUGGUGAAUAACCUACCUAACCUACCUCGCCAAACAAUGUUUAAAUGUCUACCAUUAUUGUGUCUUAUUAUUAAUUAUUCCACUUGUAACGAAUACAAACUCCGGUAUGCAGCGGUUAUAUAUCGACAUGGUGAUAGGACUCCAGUUGAUACAUAUCCAACAGAUCCUUGGGGAGAGGAAUCAUUCUGGCCAGUAAAAUUUGGAGAGCUGACUAACACUGGCAAAAUGCAACACUACAAAUUAGGACAAUGGCUUAGACAAAGAUAUGUGAAUUUCAUUACUGAUGAAUUUGAUCCAGAAGCAGUUUAUGUUCGGUCAACUGAUGUUGAUCGUACACUUAUGUCAGCUCAGGCUAACUUAGCUGGUAUGUACCCACCAGAUGCGAAUUCUACUUGGAAUCCCAAAUUAUUCUGGCAACCUAUACCUGUACAUACAGUGCCAGAGGUAAAUGAUGAAAUUUUAGCAAUGAAAAAAGAGUGUAAAAUGUAUGAAAAGUUGAAAAAAGUUUAUUUGAAUUCAGAAGUUUAUAAAAAUCGUUUAAGGCAAUAUGAAGACCUUAUGGACUACCUCACAAAAUAUACUGGUAGAAAAAUCAGAGACUACGAGGAUAUUUCAUCAAUUUACAGUACCUUAAAAAUUGAAGCUCUUUAUAACUUUACAUUGCCAAAUUGGACACAUGCAGUGUUCCCUGAUAAAAUGAAGAGUCCUGCUUGUUACAGCUUCACUACUGCCACAGCAACUCCAGCAAUGACACGCUUUAUGAUUGGUCCAUUGGUGAAACAUAUUUUAAAGCAAGCAUUAAGUGUUAUAUUAGGAGACAGCAAAUUACGGUUAUCAAUGUAUAGUGGACAUGAUUUCACUAUUGGUAAUGUUUUAAAUGGAUUAAGUGUAUACAAUGGAAAUUGCCCUGUAUAUACAUCAACAAUACUUUUUGAAUUCAUUGAAAAAGAAUCUGAAUAUUAUAUUCAACUUUCAUAUAGAAACAGUACUGAGAUUGUGGAACCUCAUGUUUUAAACAUUCCUAACUGUGGAGAAUUGUGCCCACUACAACACUUUAUUCAAUUGUAUGAAGACAUUAUUACUGUUGAUUGGGAAACAGAAUGUGAAGAAAAGUAUGGGUGGCUAAUGUUCUUUUGUGGAAUUAUAAGUUUGUCUUUCCUAUAUACAAUUGUGGAGGCAGUAAAAUUUUAUAAGAAAAAAGAUCAAUACUCAGAGGAAUACUUAAAAUCUAAACUUCUCCUUAACCGCUUGUAAAAUGGUGAAAAGUGGAUUGAUUACUAUUGGUUAAAGCUCAAUUCAAUUCUCUGUUUAUCUUCCACAAUAACUCAUUUCUAAACUUAUCUUUUAACUAGUGCUAUUUGUGUCUAUCAAUGUGAUUAUCAAUUAAUAUUUUUGGCAAUUCGGGAUAUUGUUAAAAAUAUUAGAUAAGGGAUUAAUUAUAGUGUUGUGGUUGAAAAGUUCAUACAUGUUUUUUCUAAAAAAAUAAUUAUUUUUUUACUGAAUAAUAAAUAAGACUUAAGGUUAA